AUGACAUCAGAUUUUCAGUCUAUCCCCAUACUUGAUCUCUCUCUCGCCGAAUCCCCCGAGACACGGCCACGUCUCCUAAACCAGCUCCACUACGCCCUUACGCAGGUCGGCUUUCUUUACGUGUCGAACCAUGGUGUGCCUCAAAAGGUCGUACAGAACUUGAAGAUUAUCCUCCCUCAACUGUUUGAACUGGAUGCACAAACGAAAGAAAACAUAGCCUUGCAUAAUUCCCCGCAUUUUCUGGGUUACAGCCACGUCGGCUCCGAAACAACAGCUGGAAUCGCAGACAAGCGAGAGCAGUUCGAGUUUGCGACCGAAUUGCCAGAUAUCUGGAGAGAGGGAUCGCCUCUGUAUGAAAGACUGAAGGGGCCCAAUCAGGUACCUCAAGUAGACUCUAGGCAGUUGGAAUUAACUAAAACAGAGCAGUGGCCGUCCGCAUAUCCUCAGAUACAAGAAGUUGUUGGAAAUUAUAUCAACGAGCUUACAAAUCUCGGUGAAAGAUUCCUGAAACUUGUUGCCGAGACUCUGUCCGUGCCGUCGGAGAUUCUCUUUUCUUUUUUGUCCGACCAACAUCGUCUCAAGCUUGUACAUUAUCCCUCGGAUGUCUCAACAGGCUCUGAUGGGCAGGGUGUUGGUCCCCACAAGGAUUCAUCAGGUUGGUGGACAUUCCUCCUGCAAGCAUCACCUCUCCAUGUCGAGGGUCUACAAGUACUCAACAAUAGCGGAAAAUGGAUUGAUGUCCCGGUCAUUGAGGGUACCUUCGUUGUGAAUAUUGGACAGGCUUUUGAAGUGGUGACACAUGGUAUAUGCAAAGCCACUACUCAUCGAGUACUAUCGGGUCCACUCGAGAGAUAUAGUGUCCCGUUCUUUCAGGGUGUCCGUGGUAGUCUGACCAAAGAUGAGGCAUUGGGAGCUCUGAAAGGUUAUUUUCGCGAGGAGAGGACAUCUUUGGAGGCUGAUGCAGGAGCCCACAUCGACUCAGCAUUUCUGCGCGGAAAGUAUGAUACCUGGGGCGAGUCGCAACUACGGACAAAGAUUCGCAGCCACCGUGAUGUAGGACGCAAAUUCUACGCCAAUGUAUUUGACCGGUAUGUCAACGAUGAUUGA